AUGGCCAGGCCUGGGCUGCUUCUGCUCUUGCUGCUGGCCCUGCCACAGUGGACCGCCUUACUGCCAUGGCCAGACACUGCACAGGGCACCAUGGCAGGCCUGAUCCUGACUGCUCUGGAGAGAGCCACCUCAUUCCUGGAGGAUAGACUGCCCUCAAUCAACUUGGAUGGCGUGGUGGGGUUCCAGGUCCUGGAAGUACAACUCCGAGGUGUCCAGGAAAAGUGGGUAUCCAACCCCCUCCUGCGACCACUCAGCCUGCGCACUGAACAGCUGACCAACACACUGUCUACCCUCCUCCAAAGAUCCAUCUUUUACCUCAAGCAGAGUGACCCCAAGUACCUAAGAGAGUUCCAGCCAAGCAUUCAGCCUGGGUUUUGGAAGUUGCCCCAUGCCUGGAUGCGUACCAAUGCCUCCCUGGUCUACCCCUGGCUGGAGCCCCUGGACUUGUUCUCAGAGGAAAGCAGUGACACGUGCCUGGUGCAGCUGCUGGGAACCGGGACCACCAGCAGCCAUCCCUGUGAACUCUCAGACUUCUGCAGGACCCUCAUGACCAAGACUGGCUGUUCAGGUUACAGCCUGUCCCACCAAUUGCUCUUCUUCCUCUGGGCCAGAAUGCAAGGAUGCACAGAGGGGCUGUUCCGCCAGAGCCAGCACUACAUGAGCAUCUUCUGCUCAAACAUGAUGGAUCUGAACCGGAGAGCUGAGGCCAUAGGAUACACCUACCCCACCCAGGACCUCUUCAUGGAAAACAUCAUGUUCUGUGGCUUGGCCGGCUUCUCUGACUUCUACAAGCUGCACUGGCUGGAAGCCAUUCUCAGCUGGCAGAACCCCAGAGCAGGAUGCUUCGGGAAGCCUGCUACGAAGGGAGAACUUCCAGAAGCCACUGCACACCAGCAGCACAUUCUGAGAAGAGUGAGGAGGCGGGAAAAACUGUUCACAGAUGGCUGCUCUUGCCACAACACAGCCACUGCGGUGGCAGCCCUGGGUGGCUUCCUCUACAUCCUGGCAGAUCACCCCCACCCCGGCCCUGACGAUGGAGCGCCGCAUCUGUCCAUGUAGUCAGCAGCAAGCAGCUACCAAGAUACUUCUAUGCCUGAUGCCCAGAGGAUGGACAGGCCGAUAACACUUCUUCUUAGGUCCUGGAGUCAAAAGUCACAUGCUGAGGAGGAAGCUGAGGAAAGGGAGCAACUGCAACCCAUCGCCACUUGGGGAGUGGGCUUGGAAACCGAGGGAACGGGGCUGGGAAGGCUGGGUGGGGGAAUGGGAUGAUUAGGUGUCAGCA